AUGCCCGCUGCUCUUUCCAAUACCAAACUAUUCAAAGAAAUCAAAGUUGGUAACGUGGUGCUAAAAAAUAGACUCGUCUUUGCUCCUAGUACUCGUAUACGUUGCGUAGAUGACAAUGUUGCUACAGACUCUAUGUUGGAAUAUUAUUCUCAAAGAGCCAAAGACAAUGGUGGUUUGAUAAUUGUGGAAACUACAUUUACUGGCAAAGUAGCAGCAACUAUUCCUGGAAUUCCUGUUUUGGAGACCGAAGAACAGGUUCAAGGAUGGAAGAAAAUUGUUGAAGCUAUUCAUGAAAACGGCUCCAAAGUAUGUCUUCAAAUUACAGAACUUGGUAGAUCAGCUUUACCACAAGUUUUGAAGGCCCAAAAUAUUCCCUUUGUUGCUCCUUCUGCCAUAUAUUUCAACGAGGAAAGCAGAAAGGUUGCUGAAGGAUGCGGUAAUCCACUUCGUGCUUUGACAGUUGAUGAAAUUCACGAUGCUACAAAGCGAUUUGUGGAUGCAGCUAAGAAGGCCAUUGAGAUUGCUAAAUUUGACAUUGUAGAGAUCCAUGCCGCAAACAUGGGUCUUAUGAACCAGUUCUUACAGGAAGAAUCGAACCAAAGAACUGACGAGUAUGGUGGAAGCAUCGAAAAUAGAUCUAGAUUUGUGCUUGAAACUCUUGAUUCUAUAGCAAAAGAGGUCGGAUUUGAGCGAGUUGCUGUUAGAAUAUCUCCUUACUCUCGUUUCAUGGGUGGUCAAAGUAUUGAUACCAAGACUAACCCGGUAGUUAAUUACGGCUACCUUCUCAGUGAACUUGAGAGAAGAGCCAAGGGAGGUAAGAAGAUUGCUUAUGUUUCAUUUAUUGAACCAAGAAUAUCUGCAGAUUCUGCAUCAAAAGAACUUCUCACUCCGGAUUCUUCCUGGGUUAAUGAGAUCUGGAAAGGUGUCAUUAUCAGAGCCGGAAACCUUCUUCACGAUGAGAACUACACCGAAUUAAAGAAUUUUGUCGACGGUGACGAUAGAACCUUAAUUGGCGCAUCGAGAUUCUAUACAUCGAAUCCAGAUUUGGUCAAUAGACUCAAAAAUGGCUACCCUCUUACUCCCUAUGAUAGGAGCACUUUCUACAGUGGCCCUUCUAACUGGGGUUAUAUUACGUGGCCAGUAUACGGAGAAAAGAGCAUCGCCCAGGAUAGUGAAAUCUCCAAUGCCACUCCAAAAGCAUUGGUCUGA